AUGCCAGGCCUUACCAUUGGAGACACAAUCCCUGACCUUGAAGCUGAAACCACCCAGGGCAAGAUCAACCUCCACCACUUCUGUUCUAAUUCAUGGACCAUCCUCUUCUCUCACCCUGGUGAUUUCACCCCGGUUUGUACCACGGAACUUGGGAAGAUGGCUGAGUAUGCUAAAGAGUUUAAUCAGCGAGGAGUGAAGCUAUUGGGUUUAUCAUGCGAUGACAUUCAAUCCCACAAUGAAUGGAUCAAAGACAUUGAAGCCUUCACUCCAGGUUGCAAGGUGAGUUACCCAAUCAUGUCAGACCCAAAGAGAGAGAUAAUCAAGAAGCUGAACAUGGUGGACCCCGAUGAGAAAGAUUCCAGUGGCAAUAAUCUACCUUCUAGGGCUCUUCACAUAGUGGGGCCUGAUCUUCAGGUGAAGCUGAGUUUUCUGUACCCAGCAACAACAGGGAGGAACAUGGAUGAAGUAGUGAGGGUGGUGGAGUCUCUGCAGAAGGCUUCAAAGUUCAAGAUUGCAACACCAGCAAACUGGAAGCCAGGGGACCCUGCUGUCAUUCAGCCAAGUGUUACUGAUCAACAAGCCAAGGACAUGUUCCCUCAAGGUUUUGAAACUAAGGAUCUCCCUUCAGGGAAGAACUACUUGCGCUUCACCAAAGUUUGA